AUGAUCUACAUAUUAUUAGAACUAUCAUCAGCUAUUGAAAAAAGAAUAGAAUAUGAAUAUGAGCUUAAUUGCAAUCAAAGCUGUCAACCUUACGAAAUCAAUCUUAAAAAAGGAAGUUAUUAUAUUGAAUCAUGGGGUGCUGCAGGUGGCGGCACAAAAUCUGAAGCAGGACGUGGUGGCUAUACAGCAGGAUACAUUGAUAUUAAAUCUAAUAAAAAAAUUUAUGUUGUUGUUGGUUGUCGAGGAGAAAAUGCAACUAACAGCCUACCUAAUAAACUUACAAUCAAAAAAGGUGGUUGCGGUGGUGGAGGUAAUGGAGGUAAGGGUUCUGCAAAAUUUCGAGGUUAUGCUGCAGGCUCAGGUGGUGGAGGUGCGACAUCAGUUUAUCUCAUAAAAGGUGACACAAGUUCACGAAUUAUGGUCUCGGCUGGUGGUGGCGGAGGCUAUGAAUGGUGUAGUGGUGGCCAUGCAGGCGGAUUAGUUGGAGGAAAUUCAGUUGGUAAAGUGUACACAGCAUAUGGUGCUACCCAAACAAGAGGUAAUAGAAACGGAAUAGGUGACAAUGGCUACUCUAAAGAUGAUGUUCAAAAUGGAGGAGGUCAAGGAAACUGCGGUUGUGGUGGCGGUUAUUAUGGAGGGAAGACAUCCGAACACGAAGGACUUGAGUCAGAUGUAGGAGGUAGUGGUGGAAGUUCCUACAUUUCCGGCCACGAUGGCUGUACUUCACAUCGUUCUGGUUACCAGUUUUCUAAUACAAAGAUGCUAGCAGGAAAUGAACGCAUACCUCUUCCAUCGGGAGACUAUGCAAUUGGUAACUAUGGUGAUGGUUACUUUAGAAUAAGCUGCGUGAAAUGUAACAAUGUGCCAGCAACACAAGAACCGAUAGAUUACAUGAAUAAACCUCGAAUAUUCAAACGCGGAUAA